AUGGGCGGCGGUUCUCAUCCCACCAUGGCUUCAGCCUCUACCUAUCCACGACUCGCUGCGAAGCCUGUCGGCAAGCAGAUCCACAAGAUCUAUACCGACAGGCUGAGGCAGUUUACAGACAACGGCCAGUACAGGAACCAGGGCUUGCUACCGUACGUACCUGCCCAGCUCUUCCUCCUUGCCUACAUCGAGAUCCUGACAUUUGAGCAGNNAAAGAUCGAACCCAAGCGUGCAUCUGGCCAUCCUCACAUCAAGCUCGAAGUCUACUCUCCGCCAGACCUCUCUCGUCCCACCUUCAAGGAUGCAACCUCGCACGACUUUAGCCCUGCCAAAGUUGGCGAGUCCUUUGGUCCCAGUUGGUCUACACAUUGGUUCCGCCUUCGUCUCACCGUGCCUUCCUCCCUCGCCGACGAGGACCAUCUAGAACUACAUUGGGAUGCGAACAACGAGGGUCUCAUCUGGAAUGAGAAGGGAGAACCACUCCAAGGUCUUACUGGAGGAGGCGAGCGUAUUGAGUGGAUUCUGCCCAAGUCGUUCCGGGACGGCAAAGAACAUGUCUUUUAUGUCGAGAUGGCUUGCAACGGCAUGUUCGGAAACGCUCCUGGAGGCGACAGUAUCCAGCCACCUCGUCCGGACAGGUAUUUCCAAUUGCAGCAAGCCGAUAUAGUGGCCAUCAAUUUGGAAGCAAGAGCUCUCUUCAUGGACUUCUGGAUCAUCGGAGAUGCUGCAAGAGAGUUUCCAGAAGACUCAUGGGAGGAACAUCAAGCUCUUCAAGUCUGUAAUUCCAUCAUGGACACCUUUAUUGCUGCCAACGGAAGCAACGACUCUAUCGCAGAAUGCAGGAAGAUUGCAAAGAAGUACAUCGGAGACGUCAACUCUUCCAAAGUCUACGACUCAAACAAACCUGCUUUGAUAACUGCCAUUGGUAACUGUCACAUCGAUACUUGCUGGCUUUGGCCUUGGGCAGAAACAAAGCGCAAGGUCGCCCGUUCGUGGUCCAACCAAUGUAAUUUGUUGGAGCGAUACCCAGAGCACCGUUUCGUUGCAUCACAAGCUCAGCAAUUCAAGUGGCUAGAGCAGUUGUAUCCCUCUGUCUUCGACCGCGUCAAGAGCAAGGUCAAAGAGGGCACCUUCCAGCCGAUUGGUGGGUCUUGGGUUGAACACGACACGAACAUGCCUAGUGGAGAGUCGUUAGUCCGCCAGUUCAUCUAUGGUCAACGCUACUUCGAAAGCCGGUUCGGUUCGAGAUGUACUACCUUCUGGCUGCCUGACACUUUUGGUUACUCUACCCAACUGCCUCAGAUCUGUCGCCUUGCUGGUAUGACGAGAUUCUUCACCCAAAAGCUCAGCUGGAACAACAUUAACAACUUCCCACACACCACUUUCAACUGGGUCGCACUUGAUGGCAGUCAGGUCGUUUGCCACAUGACACCUGCUGAGACUUAUACUGCCGAAGCGAACUUUGGUGAUGUAAGACGCAGUAUUACGCAGCACAAGUCCAUGGAUCAAGAUCCAACCUCGCUUCUGGCAUUCGGAAAGGGAGAUGGAGGUGGUGGCCCAACUUGGCAGCACCUCGAGAAGCUCCGAAGAUGCCGUGGCAUGAGCGAUGAGGUCGGUCUCUUGCCUCGUGUCAAAAUGGGCGACUCGGUCGAUGACUUCUUCGCCCGCCUGGAGAAGAGGGUUGAAGAAGGACUCGAGCUUGUGACUUGGUAUGGCGAACUCUACUUUGAACUACACAGAGGUACAUACACGACACAGGCCAACAACAAGCGUAACAACCGUAAGUCCGAGAUCAUGCUUCAUGAUAUCGAGUACCUUGCAACAUUGGCCAGCAUCCAAGAUGUUGUCUCAAAGGAUAGCAAGAAGUACAAGUACCCCAAAGAGGACAUCGAUGACAUGUGGGAGAACGUUCUGCUUUGUCAAUUCCACGACUGCUUGCCUGGAAGCUGUAUUGAAAUGUGUUACGAUGACUCUGAUGAGGUCUUCAAGACUGGUAAGAAGGUCUUGACCGAAGCUCUUCACGCUCUCGGAUUCGACGAUAAAUUGUGCCACGGCAAUGAGCUAGUCGCGCUGAAUACUCUUGGGUGGAAUCGUAACGAGAUGAGCUCUCUGCUGUCUCCUGACCAGACAAGUCGUUAUGGUCUGCUCCAAGGCGAGACCGGCAUUAACUCUGUAACGGACAUGAUCAAUAUGACCGCUUCCGUGGAAGUCAAAGACAUGGGAAACAACGUGUUCCAUCUCAUGAACACUCAAUACUUUGUUGAGAUCUCUAACGGCGUCAUCACCAUGCUUUAUGACAAACAAGCUCAUCGGGAGAUAGUUCCCAAGGGCCAGAAGGCGAACCAACUGGUUAUCUUUGACGACAAGCCUCUCUAUUGGCAAGCAUGGGACGUCGAGGUCUACCACCUCAAUUCGAGAAAGGAACUUCACGCAACAAGCUCAUCGAUCAUCAGCGAAAACACUCCUCAUCGUGUUGCAGUCCAGACGACAACCAAGAUUUCUGAGAAAUCUUCCAUCACGAUGACAAUUUCACUCUCUUUUGCACCUGUGGGAGGCAGCUCGUACAUCGAAACUGAAGCAGAAGUCAACUGGCAUGAGGAUAUGAAGUUCCUGAAGGUCGAGUUCCCAACCACAAUCACCAACACCGAAGCUUCUUACGAGACCCAAUAUGGUAUCGUGAGACGCCCGACACAUUACAACACCACAUGGGACAUGGCAAAAUUCGAGGUCUGCUGUCACAAAUGGGCUGAUCUCUCGGAGAAUGGCUACGGUGUCAGUAUCUUGAACGACUCAAAAUACGGCUUUGCAACGUGCGGUAGUCUGAUGCGUNNCUCUCUGCUACGUGCUCCCAAGGCUCCUGAUGCUCACGCCGACAUGGGCAAGCACAAGAUCCGUUGGGCAAUUCUUCCUCAUAAGGGACCUCUUGACCACCGCACCGUUCGUGCAGGCUUUGAGUUCAACAACCCCAUGACAGUGCACUCGCAUCCGAAGGUCUCAGAUAUCAAGGGCUUGAUGAGUUCGUUCAAGUUGUCCAAGGACAGUGAUGAAGGCUUGGUUCUCGACACAAUCAAGCGUGCUGAGGAUGAUGAAGACGUUAACCGUGGCGAGCUUCCCAAGCGUAAGGGCAGGAACGUCAUUGUUCGUGUCUACGAUAGUCUCGGAGGAAGGUGCCGUGGUUCGAUCGAGGUUGGGCAGGUGCCGAUCGCCAAAGUGUGGAAGUGCAAUGUCUUGGAGGACGACAUUGAAGAGGUACACAUCACCAAGGGUGCCUUUGACAUUGAGCUGAGAGCUUUCGAGGUAGCUACCUACAGACUCUUGUUGCAAUGA